CUGCUCUUCCUUCUUCUUUCUCCAUCCUCCGUCCUCUCACUCAACACCCUGCUCAAGUGUGCCUAUUGCACAGAGAUGACUAGAGGCACAGCAGUAAUCCACGGGUUCGUGCAUCGUGGCUCGGAUACGUAAGGUGCCUUUGCAUUUGCAGUCAAAUCCUUGACCCCGCAUAUGAGAGACUUGAAGUCGAGCAGCAUAUGCCGGCUAAAGACUGUCGAACGAAAUUGUAAGGCCGCUCUGCGCUGGAAACAAUAGCCGAUGAUCUUUCCCUACUACGGCAUGCAGCGUCUGCACAGCAAGUCCUGCGGCUUCCACUUUGGUAGGCAUCUUGCGAGCAAUUAAUUGCUGCAGUCUCGUCUACUCGAAAAAAUCGCACUUGGACUGUGUAUAUGCAUGCAAAAGUAUGCUUCGUGGCCGUUCUUGCAUUAAAGCUCUCUCAUCUGCAAUCCGGGUACCAUCAUCCGGCUACAACCCACAGCCUGGUCCUGCACCUCUAUACAGUCAAAAUGAUUUCCGGGUAGGGACAACUAGAUACCAAUCAGAUCCCGCUUGUCCUUCCUAUCCGGGAAAGCAGAUCAUUGCUCCAUGCCGUGAAACCAUUGCCUUCUACACGAUGCCCACUUCCGGUUAUCUGGAACCCGACUGACGGAGCUUUUACUCCACAAUGAGGCGUCUGGGGUCCCCGCAUGUGUACCCUAAAUCAUGAGCAUUGCAUGUUCAUAAAGACAGUCCACAUUCCAUCGCUGUAAUAGUUUCUUCACUGUCGUGCUUUGC